CAUGCCCGCCGUCUUCGCGCCGCCGCCGCCGCAGCGACCGCCACUUCCUCCAGCCCGGGAACGCCGAGGGCCGCAGCUCCGUCGCCCUGGGCCCGCCUCCCUAGCUCCGGGCCCGGCCCCCGCUCUCCGCUUCCGGCUUCCGCCGCCAAGGCCGCGCCCGCUGAUUGGCCACGCUCAGCCGAUGCCCCCCCAAAAGGGGGCGGGCGCGUUCAGGACGCUCCCAGCCCACUCGCCAACUCUUAAAGGGAUACGCCAAACCGAGGCCUCGGCCCUACGCAGCGAACACAAGUUUGGGAUUUGGGAGGGGUUAUUUUGUGUACUUUUUUUUCCUCUUUGCCUUUGUUCUGGACUCGGGAAAGAUUGGACUGGAUCGCCUGGCUUCUCAAGUUUGCAGACUGCGCAGCGCGUAACAGUGAACCGGGCUUGUAAUACAUUACGUGAGAGCAGAUAUUUUAAAGCCAGGGGUGGGUUUGGGGAGGACGAGGAGGGAGGACCGCAGACAUCUAUCCCUGCAGCUACAGGAGUGGGGUCUUGUGGGGGUUUUUCUUGUUUUGUUUUGUUUUGGUCCAGAGAGUCAGAAAGGCAAAGAAUAAAAAUACAAGUGUCGGUGAGUCACGGACACCUCGACAACCCGUUUGUCUUCCUGGGAUGUUCUAAAGUGGCAUGAUUCCAGAAUUACCUCGGGAAAACAGAUUUGGGAUGAGCCUCAGCCUCUGCCUCUUUUGCCUGGGUCUUUGUUCUGCCUGAAGAGAGCGCAGGCACGCAAAAAC